AUUCCCUACCUCGUGGUGUAUGGCAGCGCUUAAAGUUUCUAAAUCUGGUUCAGCCACUGCAUUGUCAUAUACUAUCUCAGAGUCCCCAACACCACCUGGUUUUCUCAAGCCUUCGUCACUAUCACUAUCAUAAUAUGAGGUAUCGCCUUUUGGUUGAUCUUUAUUUUUGUUUCUAAUUCUGACUUUUUUUGGUGGUGGAUCUCUGGGGCCCAAUGUAUUUUGAGAGCAUUGGUACGACAGAUGCCCUUCUUCACCGCACUCGUAACACUGAGAUUUGUCUGGAUAAUCCUUUCGACGAAUGAAUUCAGUACUGCGUCCAUUAUCCACCGCUAUGGAGCUUUUUACAGUCCGGCCACCAAUCUGAGAAUAGGAAAUUUUCUUCAUUUUGCAACAAAAGUCAUGGCGACAGUAGAAUCACUUGCGGAAGUAACAGAUGUUGUUCAAAUACUGCGUCAGUGGGAAGAAGACCACGUUUCACCUACAUACGAUCCGAUACCAACAUUGCAACGUUUGGCUGAAAUUAUAGAAAUAGAGACAGAGAAUUACUUAAAAAUGGAUCCAGAUCCGUUUGACGAAAGGCACCCUUCACGCACUGAUCCAGAAUGUAAUUUUGGACACAUUUUGAAAGUUUUGUUUAGAAAGGACAACUUCAUGACAAAGCUAAUAAAUGAUUAUCUGAGAGACACGUAUUGGACACGUUCAGGUAUUAGCGGUCGUGAUGUGCGAAAGUUGAAUAUUGCAGCCUGCCGUUUGAUGUUAGACAUAUUGCCAGGUUUAGAAACGUCAGCAGUGUUUCAGCCUGAUAUGGAUGGACUCAUCCAUAGGCUUUUUUCUUGGGCUGAAAAAAGUAUAGAGCCUUUACAAAGUUAUGCCACGGGUUUGUUAGCUGCUGCGAUGGAAGUUCAAGACAUUGCUACAGGAUUUAGAGAACAGAAUGGUAAAAUGGUGCCUUUGAUGCUACAAAGAUUACACAAGCUGCAAGAAAAAGCUUCGGAAAAUCGUCAUGCAACAGUAAACACAAGACCGUUUGCACAUUUUGGUCAGAAUAGAAAUAGCCUGGUUGAUACUGAACACAAAGGUACUCCUGGUAAACGAAAAGUGAGAGAGAAGAAACAUGAAAAUGGAACAGCGAAAAGCCCUACGCACUCAAUUUUUUGCUCAGAUGAAGAAGACUCGAUUCAAAGCUCAGAUGAAAUGCCACCAAGCAAAAAACUCAAGUCUCAAAAUAAUGCGGAAAAUGCUGUUUUAACACCUGUUAAAUCUAACGAUAACACCAGAGAUUCCUACCCCGAGAUUAUGUCCCCACCGUUAUCUAUUCCUCGUAUAACUACCUAUUCAACUUUACAAGUUACACCAGCGAAGAAUCAAAACACUCGUGUAACACCUCCAAGACCUGUCAACAUAUUGACACCUGUUAGAUCUAGUUUGUCUAGACCUCAAACUCAAGUAACCAACCCGCCUUCGUUGCUUCUAGAAGGCAAUUCAAAUUCGUCCUGGGCUGAAAUGGAGUCUUACGUUAUUGGCAAUGUUCAAAUACAUCCACCCACUUUGGCCACUCGUCAGAUGCUGAUUUUGAGGUACCUCACACCAAUGGGAGAAUACCAAGAAUUUCUUGGGCAUGUAUUCGAGCAAAAUGCUUUGGAAUUGAUAUUAAACUACAUAAAUGUGCGGGAAACAAAGGAUAGUCGCUUAGCUUUUGAAGCUUUAAAAUACUUAGCAUCUUUACUGUGUCAUAAAAAAUUUUCUAUCGAGUUCCUAAGUAUGGGUGGAUUGCAAAAACUCUUAGAUGUACCAAGACCUAGUGUCGCGGCAACUGGUGUCUCUAUUUGUUUGUAUUAUCUUGCAUAUUGUGAGGAUGCUAUGGAAAGAGUUUGUCUCUUACCGAAACAUAUAAUAACCGAUUUAGUGAAAUAUGCAUUGUGGUUACUGGAGAGAAGCCACGAUUCUGGUAGAUGUCAUGCAACAAUGUUCUUUGGAUUUUCAUUUCCUUUCAAAGUUAUUCUUGAAGAAUUUGAUCUCCAGGAUGGACUUAGGAAAUUAUACAAUGUCAUAUCUACAUUACCUAUUCUAAACAUUGAUGAUGACCCGGCUUUGAAUGAUGAUGAAGAAUGUGCGUCAAGACAAAUAGUAAGACAUGUGGCUGUAGCACUGAAGAGGUACAUGGAAGUACAUCUAUAUGUAAAAGCGGAACAACUACAACGAGCUGAAAAUGCCAGAACAGAAAGAGAUACCUGGCAACCGUCUCUACCUCCAUAUAAGGCUUGCAAAUUAAGCAGUGAAGAAGUACAAGCAAAAGUUGAAGUUCUACAGGAACUGAUGUCCGUUAGAGCGUUGUGGCCUCCUGUAGAAGAACUUUACAGACUUGGUGGUAUCACAUUGUUAUUGCAAAUUAUUGCCUUUGCUAGGGAAUGGAAUUACAGUGGACGCGUUCACACAACUUCUAGUGCCGAAACUGUUCGCUCAUGUUUAGAGGUUGUUGCUAUUUGUUCCGUGGUACCAAAAGUCAUGCUUUUACUGUGCGAGAGAGUAGACAUGCCUGACAUGUCAAUGACCAUGGCCAUUAACCUUUUACUAGCAGCAGCGGAAUGUGAAAUUAUUGCAGAUGCUGACGUCCAGAGAGCUGCUUUAAGAGCUGUAGUCAACUGUGUCUGCGCACCUAUCAACAGAGUUGGUGGAAAUGUGGCAAGAUUUUCAUUAACUGGCUCAGCUAAGAAGAAAACUAAUAAUCACAACAGUGAAGAACUUAUACAGAAAGUGUGGGAAAGUGUGAGAUCUAAUAAUGGAAUAAUGGUUCUUCUACAAUUAAUGAUGGUCAAAACUCCGAUCACUGAUGCAGAUAGUAUCCGUGCACUGGCAUGUCGAGCACUAGCUGGUCUAGCACGCAGUGAGAAAGUGAGACAAAUUAUCAGUAAACUGCGUAUGUUCACUGAUGGUCAAAUACAAGUCUUGAUGAAAGACCCCAUAUUACAAGAAAAAAGGCAAGAACAUGUCAUGUUCCAAAAAUAUGCUCUUGAGUUAAUGGAGAGGGUUUCUGGCAAAGCAAAACCAACUGGAAGUGAAUACGAAAUUUCUUUGGCAAGUUUACAUAGGGCAAAUGUCGUGGCACAAACAAGAAUACAGUAUAAUGAACAGCAACUGAUGCAACUUAUGCAUCAGCAUCUUCUCGCAAGAGGAUUUAAUGAAACAGCUGCAACCCUACAAAAAGAAGCUAGUCUUGAUUCAUCAGCUAUCAUGAAACCUGCCACUUCCCAUCAAGCAUUUCACUACAGAAGUCCUGCUGCAACCGGAACAAGGAUAGGAUUCUCACCCGUUGCACCAGUCAACUUAUACAAUACCAGCAGAGGCAGUCAAAGAGAUGUUACUGCACGAACUGGAAGUACCCCAACUUCUGGGUCGGCUCGUUUCAUAUCGCAUACUGGUUCAUGUUCCAGCACUUCACCUCUUCCUAACAAUACACCUAUCAGGAUAAAGCUAGCAGAUGCACUUGGACCAACCCCAAUCAACACCAACAUCAACCAGCCAAUCAAAUUACAGAUAAAUCCAAAAAAAUGUCAGGUGGAUAGACAAUCAACAACAGCCACUACUAUUUGUCAGACAAUUUCACAACCACAAAGUGGCAUCUGUAGAUCACUUCAAAAACAGAUAUCAAGUGAUCCUGGAGGCCCAGGCCUUGAAGUGGCUACCACUUCUAAUAUUGCUACUGUAACCUUGGACUCCAUUAUUACCGAAUACUUAACUAACCAGCAUGCAUUGUGCAAAAACCCCAUGGUCACCUGUCCACAAUUCAAUCUUUUAGAACCACACAAAUGUCCAGAUCCACGUGCAAAGAACUCAUCUCCGACAAAUUUAGCAGUCAGACUCACCAGAAGAUCGUUAGGAAUGGACAGUAGACGACUGGAUAGAAGAUACAUUUAUAGUCGAUUCUGCCCUGUCAAAACUUUCAAGCCCACAGAUAUCGAUGGCACGUUUAGUUGCUGUACAUUUUCGUCAUGUCAGCAGUACUUGAUGCUCGGUACUCAAACAGGAGAAGUGAAGAUGUUCAAUGCUCAUACUGGUACCGAAGAAGCAACGUAUCAAUGUCACGAGUCGUACGUCUCACACAUGGAGUGUAGUCAGAAAGGUAAUCUCUUGUUAACAUCCACAACCUGGAGAAGACGAAUGUCUACUCUUUGGAGUAUUGGUACCUUUUUUGACAUGAAAUUAUCUCUUGACAACGAGGACUAUGCGGAAUUCGGAAAGUUACAGGAGCGAAUUAUCGGUACUCAAGGAGAAAGUGCUACAAUAUACGACAUAGCAACUGGUAAGCUCCUCUUGACUUUGACACCUUCGAUUUCCAACCAGUAUACCAGGAACCGAGCAACAUUCAGUAUGAAUGACGAACUGGUUUUAAGCGACGGUAUUCUAUGGGAUGUGAAUUCUGGCAAAGAAAUCCAUAAGUUUGAUAAGCUUAAUCAAACUUUGAAUGGUGUAUUUCAUCCUAAUGGAACUGAAGUUGUUUCAAAUACCGAAGUUUGGGAUCUUAGGACAUUUCAUUUACUGAAAACAGUCGUGACGUUGGAUCAGAUGGAUGUUAUCUUUUCACCAGUCAAUAAUAUCAUUUAUGCAGUUGCUCUGGAUCAGGACAACGAAGAUGAAACCAAUUACGUUACAUCAUUUAAAACUUUAGAUGCCUUGGACUACAAGAGUAUCGCUACGUGUGACGUAAAGAGAGGUAUAUUUGAUUUGGCUUGCAACAAACACGACACACAAAUUGCAAUCGUAGAAAAUCAGGGUGAUUUCGGUACCAUUCAAGAAUCUUGCGUCAGGCUAUACGAUGUUGGGAGGCGAAGAGAUGACGAAGAUGAGGCCGAAGAAGACGAUGAUGAAGAUGAUAUUGAUGCGAGUGAUGAUGAUGGCUCAAACUCCGCUUCUGACGACAACAAUGCUGAUGAUGGUGAUAAUGGCGAUGCUGCCGGUGAUGACAAUGCAGAUGACAAUGGCCGAAACGAUGGAGACGAUAACGACGAUGAUGGUGCAGAGGGUGAUAAUUCGGGUGAUGACAGUGCGGACUAUGACCCUAAUGAUGAUAUUAAUGGUUCUGAUCUCUCUGAUGAUUUCUCAAUUUCAGAUAUGGAUGAUCUUGAGAUAUUGUUCUCCUGAACAUAAUCAAAAAAUCUCUUGAUGUAUUUACAGACUUGUUUAUUCGUUGUUUCGUGCCAAGAGGUACUCGUAAAACAGUGCAGUUUUAACAGGGUUACCUACUUUCUCUCGAGAUGCCAAUUUCAUAGAUCCGGAUUAAACUCGCGGCCAGUCGGUAUAAAAACUUUUACUUUCGUACCAAAAGCGUGGUAGUUUUUUACGUGCACCACACUCGAAAAAUUUCGAGUACUUAUUGAGAGUUGUAAUAUUUUUAUAAAAUGCACAAUGUGAGUGGUUAAAGUUAACAUAUUCACAAUUAAUCUUGAAUGUACAUGAAAAUAACUAGCUACAACACCGACUUGGAAGUUAUAAAGGUGAGAAUUAGAGACCAACUUCCAGUGGUCUUGAUUCUGCUGCUAGGAAGUUAUCUUAUUCAAUCCUCUAAUUUUUUUUCUACCCAUCAAUCUAGGGUUACUUUUCACUUGAAUUAUAAAUUAUUGUCAUUAUAACGAAAUGAACUUAGCUCAUUUAUUUUGCGUAAAGCCUUUGAAAAUAAUAGGUACACUUGAAAUCAGCAAUCGAAAGGCUAAAAACUUUUACCAAAUAUUACUUGCGCAAGUUAAAGCAUAACAACUAAUUGCCCCAAUGGCAGAAAUGUACAGAACUAAACUUGGAAUUAAACUGUAUUGUGAAUUAUAAAUAUAAGCAAUGUGUUCGAAUAUAUCAUAAAUACCUGCUAGACUUGAUACGCUUUAUUCGAAUUUUGGUACAGAUUCUUAUUGUAUUUGUCAAGUGAUGUGGUGUAAAGAAUCUAAACCAUUAAUUCUUACAAAAUACUGGUCUGCUCUGAUUUCUAUACUAUCGGUUAUUUGUAUAAUAUUGUGUAAUUAAAUAUGGUUUGGGUGAAGCGGUCGAAAUUGUAAAUUGAAAAGCAGAUGAAUAAAUAUUAGACACCUAAAAGUAUUAGAGGUGAGUUAAGUCAUUGUUCUCUGUCAACUCAAUUUGCUCAGCGCAAGUAUUUACAAAAUAGCAAAGCACGGAGUAUUUCUCUUAUUCGGUGUACAUACAUGGGCCUACAGUUUUGAUCGCAAAUAAACUGUCAUACGCACGGGCUUAUAUCAUUACUUAAACUAUGUAUGUUGAAAAAAAUAUUGUUGGACCAUAGACUAACAAUAUAAAGUAAAUACAACAAGAGAUUUCUGCAUUUCUUUUCAGCUUUGUAUAAAUGAUUUUUGAAUUAUUUUGCGUUAUUGUACGUAUCUUUACUAGUAUGAAUGAAACUGGUACAUGCCUAUAGUUAGUAUGAUUGUGAAAUAACUACUUACUGCAAGUGAUUGAAUGAUUACUAUGAGUAUAAUAAUUAUUAUUAACAAAUAUU